CACUCCUCUCGUCUCUCCUCUCUUUUCGAGGCUAACCUCCACAACAGGGCACAAGGCUGUACUCGGCCCAUCCUUCUUCCCUAGCCUUUUUCUUCCUCCUUUAGGAAGGCCGAUUUGUGCACUGGAUCCUUUCUUACGUGCAUUUCUAUACCGUUUCUCCCCCAGUGCUCUUCAAGCAACGUUACAGGCCGCCCCAUCGCAGCUCCUGAACGCCCUGAGCACGAACAAGAAGCGGGCAGAGACAGAGACAGCCCAAGUUCGCGCCCAAGAUUUUAAACGGGAAGAGCAGAGUUUUGGGCAAGGCCUGCAGAGCGACCCCCCGGCCCGCCUUCCCUCCCGGGGGUCCCGCAGCCGGGCGAUGCCCACCAACCUGGAUGCGGGUCAAGAGCAGAGGCCCGCCGAGGCUCCUCCUCCCCUCCAGCCGACCGCUUUCCCCCCCGCGGGAAGGCCUCUCUGGCGUGGAGGCCCUGCUCGGCUUCCCCUCGCUUCCCGAAGCCUGUCCCCGGCAGCGCCGCCCGGCCGCUCCUCCAGCGCCUCCCCGAGGCCUCGCGGCGCUUGGGCCGAGCCGGACGGGAGACGCGGCAUGGAGCUCUCCGAGGCCUCCUGCUUCUCGGCGGCCUUCAGCUGCGCCUUCCUCGCCUCCUGCCUGCUUUUCUCGGCGCUCAACCGGCAGCAGCCGGCGGCGUACAUGGACGAGGUCUUCCACGUCCCGCAGGCGCAAGCUUAUGGCGCGGGGUGCGUCGAUCAGUGGGAUCCGAUGAUCACCACAUUGCCUGGUUUGUACUUGCUGUCGGUUGGAAUUCUGAAGCCCGCAGCCUGGCUCUUUGGGUGGCCUGAAAGCCUGGCCUGCUCUACAGGAAUCCUCCGGUUCAUUAAUCUGCUUUUCAGCACUGGGAACUUCUAUUUAUUAUAUUUGCUCUUUUGCAGGAUACACCAUAAAAAGGCUGCCUCUGGAUUCCAGAGAAUCCUGUCAACCUUGACACUAGCAAUAUUUCCAACUCUUUAUUUUUUUACAUUCCUUUAUUAUACUGAUACAGGGUCAACAUUUUUUACUCUAUUUGCAUAUUUAAUGUGUCUUUAUGGCAAUCAUAAAACCUCAGCGUUCCUUGGAUUUUGUGGAGUUAUGUUUCGCCAGACGAAUAUCAUAUGGACUGUCUUCUGCGGUGGAAGCAUUGUUGCAGAAAAGCUAAGCGAAGGCUGGAAUGUAGAAUUACUGAAAAGCAAAGAGAAGAAAAACUUACCAACACAGAGGUUCUCUUCAGAAUCGAUCAGGAUUGUUAGAUUUCUUUUUGGGUACUUUAUGUCACUUAAAAACUUGAGCAGUCUGAUUCUCUUGACAUGGCCGUAUGUUACUGUGGUGAUGUUUUUUGUUACUUUUGUUGUCCGCAAUGGUGGCAUCGUUCUUGGGGACAGCAGCAGCCAUGAAGCCUGUCUGCACUUCCCUCAGCUGUUUUAUUUUUUUUCCUUUACUCUUUUUUUUUCCUUCCCUCUUCUAGUGUCCCCACGUAAAUGUAUCAGUUUUCUUCAUUCUGUGAGGACUUCUUUGCUACAAUAUAGUAUCCUCACCAUUGUCUCUUUAUUCCUUGUCUGGAAAUUUACUUAUGCGCAUAAGUAUUUGCUUGCAGAUAACAGGCAUUUCACAUUUUAUGUGUGGAGAAAAAUCUUUCAGAGACAUGAGCUUGUCAAGUACACAUUAGUUCCAGUUUAUAUAUUUGCCGGCUGGAGUUUCACAGAUGCACUGAAGUCAAAAUCUGUUUUCUGGAACUUAGUAUAUUUUAUAUGUUUGUUUGCAGUCUUAGUACCACAAAAGCUUCUAGAAUUCCGUUAUUUCAUUUUGCCAUAUAUCAUAUAUAGGCUUAAUAUUCCUAUGCCAUCACUUUUGAAACUUUUCUUAGAGUUGAUUAUAUAUCUUUUGGUGAAUGCAAUAACAUUCCAUUUCUUUUUGAACAAACCAUUUCAGUGGCCAAAUAAUGAGGAAAUCCAGAGGUUUAUGUGGUAAUGUUUUGGUUUUUAAAACCUAUCCUAGAUCUUUUUGCUACAAAUGAAAGAUUACAAUUUAGAAACUUCAUCAAGGAAAAUGAAAUAUUCUGGAUGUUUUUGUAAUGGAGUAAAUGUGAAAUGUGCGGGGUUUCUGUAGACACUGGGCUGUUUUUAUAAGGAUAGCAUCUUAGUAAUUAAUUCCUAAAAGAUCAGGGAAAUUUUACCCAUGUAUCCAAACUAAUGUGAAUGUAAGGACAUUUCAGUCAUACCAGUUAUGCUACAGAAAUCAUAAAUUUGGGCUGUUUUCAUUGUGUUUCUGUACAUGUGUAACAAGUGAUUGAAAAUAAGUUUGAUUUCGUAUCACUCAGCUAUACUGUCUUUUUACCAUGCUUGGGGAAUACUGUUUCGUGCUUGUGUUAUGAUGACGUUGGAUUUUAUCUUUUGAUGGGAACAUUUAAUUUUUUCAUAAUGUUUGGGGUCCAGGGGACUGUGACAGGUGAAAGCCACAUAGUUAUUAUCUGUUUAUUGCGUGAAUAAUGAGAAAUGAGUGAGAGAAAUGUGCCACAGAUUAAGGCUGCAAUCUUGGACUUAUUUUUCUGGCAAGAAACUUGAAAUCAGUAAGACUCAGUUCUAUGUAGACAUGGAUAGGAUUGUGGAGUAAAACAACAGGAGUGAGCAAGAAGGAAAUUGAUUAUGAGCUAGAGAACCAUACUUAAUUCACAUAUCAUAGGCAGAUACUGUAGAAUGAACUUGAUUCGUUAAUCACUGAAAGAACAUCUAGAUAUCACAGGUUGCUAUACUGAAUACACUGAAUCAAUCUGUAAUCUCACAAUAAGCCAUAAAUCUUAAAAUACUUUGCUAAAUGCUUAGGGUUGUAUGUACAUUUUCCUUGUUUUUUUUUUCAAAUAACUUUAUUAGAUUUUUAAAAUAAAGAGAUAAAAACUAACGAGCUA